CCCCAAUCAGUCGCAAUGGCUCCCGCUGUCUCUGCUCGUGGUCGCAAGGCCCAGAAGGUCACCAAGAAGUUCACCAUCAACGCUUCGCAGCCCGUGAGCGACAAGAUCUUCGACCUCUCCGCCUUCGAGAAGUUCCUCCACGACCGCAUCAAGGUCGAGGGCCGCGUCGGCAACCUCGGCGACAAGAUCGUCAUCUCCCAGGCUGCCGAGGGCAAGCUUGAGGUCGUUGCUCACAUCCCCUUCUCCGGUCGCUACCUCAAGUACCUGACCAAGAAGUACCUCAAGAAGCAGCAGCUCCGUGACUGGAUCCGCGUGGUCUCCACCUCCAAGGGCGUCUACGAGCUCCGCUUCUACAACGUCGCUUCCGAGGAGGCUGAUGAGGAGGAGGAAUAGAUUAUUCGUCUAUUUUCGCUUUCUCGUGGGGAUCUUAGAUACCAAAAAUAAAUUAAAAAAAACUUAGCAAAUGAUUUGAAAUAUAUUCAGUUGUUAAAUUGGG